CCCGAGCCGAGCCGAGCCGAGCCCCAGAGAGCGAGCGCAGCCCGGCCCGCAGCCCGCAGCCCCGUCCCCGCCGCCGCCGCCGCCCCCGGGGCAUGGCCUGUCUGAUGGCCGCUUUCUCGGUCGGCACCGCCAUGAAUGCCAGCAGCUACUCUGCAGUGAUGACGGAGCCCAAGUCCGUGUGCGUGUCCGUGGACGAGGUGGUCUCCAGCAGCGUGGGCGCCACCGAGACGGACCUGCUGAACGGACACCUGAAGAAGGUGGACAACAGCCUCACGGAGGCCCAGCGCUUCUCCUCCUUGCCCCGGAGGGCGGCCGUGAACAUCGAAUUCAAGGACCUUUCCUACUCGGUUCCCGAGGGACCCUGGUGGAGGAAGAAAGGAUACAAGACCCUUCUGAAAGGAAUCUCCGGGAAAUUCAGCAGUGGCGAGCUGGUGGCCAUCAUGGGGCCCUCCGGGGCUGGGAAGUCCACGCUCAUGAACAUCCUGGCCGGGUACAGGGAGACGGGCAUGAAGGGGGCCGUGCUCAUCAACGGCUUGCCCCGGGACCUGCGCUGCUUCCGGAAGGUGUCCUGCUACAUCAUGCAGGACGACAUGCUGCUGCCGCACCUCACUGUGCAGGAGGCCAUGAUGGUGUCAGCACAUCUGAAGCUUCAGGAGAAGGACGAAGGCAGAAGGGAGAUGGUCAAGGAGAUCCUGACGGCGCUGGGUUUGCUGUCCUGCGCCAACACGCGGACCGGGAGCCUGUCGGGUGGCCAGCGGAAGCGGCUGGCCAUCGCGCUGGAGCUGGUGAACAACCCCCCGGUCAUGUUCUUUGACGAGCCCACCAGUGGCCUGGACAGCUCCUCCUGCUUCCAGGUGGUCUCCCUGAUGAAAGGGCUGGCUCAGGGGGGCAGGUCCAUCAUCUGCACCAUCCACCAGCCCAGCGCCAAGCUCUUCGAGCUGUUCGACCAGCUUUACGUCCUAAGUCAAGGACAAUGUGUGUACCGGGGGAAAGUCUCAAAUCUCGUGCCGUAUCUGCGGGAUCUGGGUCUGAACUGCCCGACCUACCACAACCCGGCGGAUUUCGUCAUGGAGGUGGCGUCCGGCGAGUACGGGGACCAGAAUGGCCGCCUGGUGAGAGCAGUCCGGGAGGGCCUGUGUGACUCCGCCUACAAGAAGGAGCUCGGGGGCGAUGACGAGGUGACCCCUUUUCUUUGGCACCGGCCCUCUGAAGAGGUAAAGCAGACAAAGCGCGUGAAGGGGUUGAGAAAGGACUCCGCCUCCGUGGAAGGCUGUCACAGCUUCUCUGCCAGCUGCCUGACGCAGUUCUGCAUCCUCUUCCGACGCACCUUCCUCAGCAUCGCGCGAGACUCGGUCCUGACGCACCUGCGCAUCACUUCGCACAUCGGGAUCGGCCUCCUCAUCGGCCUGCUCUACCUGGGCAUCGGGAACGAAGCCAAGAAGGUGCUGAGCAACUCCGGCUUCCUCUUCUUCUCCAUGCUGUUCCUCAUGUUCGCCGCCCUCAUGCCCACCGUUCUGACGUUUCCCCUGGAGAUGGGGGUGUUUCUGCGGGAACACCUGAACUACUGGUACAGCCUGAAGGCCUACUACCUGGCCAAGACCAUGGCCGACGUGCCCUUCCAGAUCAUGUUCCCGGUGGCCUACUGCAGCAUCGUGUACUGGAUGACGGCGCAGCCCUCCGACGCCGUGCGCUUCGUCCUGUUCGCCGCCCUGGGCACCAUGACCUCCCUGGUGGCCCAGUCCCUGGGCCUGCUGAUCGGCGCCGCCUCCACGUCCCUGCAGGUGGCGACGUUCGUGGGCCCCGUGACGGCCAUCCCUGUACUCCUCUUCUCGGGAUUCUUCGUGAGCUUCGACACCAUCCCCACGUACCUGCAGUGGAUGUCCUACAUCUCCUACGUCAGGUACGGCUUCGAAGGCGUCAUCCUGUCCAUCUACGGGCUGGACCGGGAGGACCUGCACUGCGACUCGGAGGAGACGUGCCACUUCCAGAAGUCGGAGGCCAUCCUGAGGGCGCUGGACGUGGAGAACGCCCAGCUCUACCUGGACUUCGUCGUGCUGGGCAUCUUCUUCGUCUGCCUGCGCCUCAUCGCCUACCUGGUGCUCAGGUACAAGAUCCGGGCGGAGAGGUAAAGCGCCCGGCGCCCGGCGAGAGGAAGAGCGGGCAUCGUGGCCAAGGGCACACUCCUAGAGUCGCGGCGAGGCCGUGCCCGGUGACACGGAGACUAUUGCGACCCAACCCCAGGAACCCGGUCGGUGUGUGGGUGGCUGGGGCCCACCCUCUCCACCCAGCUGGGCUGGGUCCUCCCGCAUCCCCUUUCUAGCUGUAACUAGGAAGACGUAGGAAGGUUGGGGGUUUUUUUACGUGCAGAAUUGAAAAUGCCACCACUGGGCGGAGCUUAAAACUGCGUCACAGCCGGUGACGGGAGGCUUCCCCGGCAAAAACUUCUUCACCGUUCGUCCUGGACGGUGGAGGGCAGCCAACUUCUCAGCUGGUCCCGGCGCAGCGAGAUGUCUUGGGAGAGAAAGUCCCGGCACGAGUGGAUUCCAUCUUACGACUGUUGUUUUUCAUAGUUUCGUCUUUCUAAGGUCUGUCUCUUUCCAAUGAGAGGUCGUUUUCCAAGCCAAAAGUCUUUAAAUUUCAUUCAUUUUAAGAAAUUGUACCUUGUUAGUGCUUGCUGAAGAAUUGUUCGGGACGAAUAACAUGCUUUGUUCAGAGGUUUAAAGGGUCUAACCUGGUCACGGAGCUGGUCCCAGUACAGACAGAGCCUGUGAAAGAUUCCACGCGGUCUCCAGGCUGAGGGAGAACUUUGGCACCGUCUGCACGCGGCCCUGCAGACGUUUUUUUAAAGUUAUGCAAAGAGUUGUUAGGAAGAAAUUGGCUAACUCUUCCCAAGUCUUUUAUUUUCCACGUGCUUUUGAUUUUAAGCAAAAUAUAUCGUUUCUUUCUAACUUUCUGACCACCUUAAUUUUGCCUAAGAAAUUUCUAGAUCAACUGUGUUGACCUUUAAAAAGCAAUUUCCCUUCCCUCCUGUGUCACAUCAACUACCUCCACGGAGCCUGGAAGAGCUGGGCCUCGGGGAAUCUCAGGCGUGGCCCUGAGGUUUGGGUCCGCGCAUGCGGCCGGCCCGUGACGGGCGAGCUCAGGGCAGGGGAGAGGGGAGGACGCCGCCACCUGGCGCUGGCACGCAAGAGCUUUGCGUGCAGUCGGCGAAGACUUCAGCGCGCGGAGGCGUCUGUGACUUGCCCGAGCAAUGCGUGUAGAGCUAUGGGGGAUGUCGUCUCCCACGUCUGGUUUCUGUGACCGCUCAGCUACACCACCUCGUCCACGCUGGGCCUGUGCAGACUCCAUGUACUGGGAGCCCUUGUUCCCGCUGACAUAGCCACACGGUACAGUCCCAGGGCUGGAGCAGUGGGCGUGCCUGCAGGGCAGGCGGCCUUUGAACUCACAGCGGGGCUGCCCUGCGCUUGCCAGGUGCCUGAGGCGGUUUGAGGAUCAAAGGUGAUUCUGGCCAAAGAAGUCCCUCGUUAGGAAAGUGCAAUUGCCUCCUCCUUCUAGAAUGUCGUUGUCCUGGAAUCAGGGUCUCCCAGCGAAAGAGCUCCGAGCUGGUCCCCAGGACGGAGCAGGAGCAUUGCAUUUUUGUGGGCAAGUCCAUGAACCUUUCUGAGCCGCAGUUUGUCAUCUGCAGACGGUGACCCUGCGUGGUGCUCGAGGCCGUCCUCAGCUCUGGCAGGCUGUGAGGCUCCUUGCUUCUGUCCCCGAAGCUCUUGCUUCCUGCUUUGAGGGAAUGAAAAGGUCUGGGUUUUACUUACACGUGGAUUUAGUUUGCAGAUGCUUAGAGAUUCCUUUUUCACUCCCAGACCUUUAUUAGUACACACAAGUGAGAUAUAUAGUAAAAUGCAAUUUUGAGUUUGUUUGUGCUCCA